AUGUCAUUUGAUUCUUACCGAAAAGCACAACUACAUUUGCAAGAAACAAGAAAGACAAUUACUAUACCACAGUUAGACAAAGACACCUGUAUAUCAUAUUUCAACAAAGUAUUCCAAGAAUUAGUACGCGAAGAUUUACAUAAGCUAUGGACAAACAAAAAGAAGAAAACCGAAUCCGAGAUUCUAUCAAACUAUUGUCAACAACAAGAACGAAAGCGAACAAUACCAAACCUUUACAAAAAGACUGUAGAACUGUAUAACCAAGAAAACUCAACCGACUUUUCCAAGGAUACGAUUACUGCAACUGUAGACUCGAAAGCUAUUCCUUAUGUUCACCUUUAUAAAGAUUUUGUGAAUAAUAAUGCUGCCAAUAUAUUAGAGGAAUUAAAAAACAACGACAACAACGACAACAACAACAACAACAACAACAACAACAACAAUCAAGAUUAUGAGGAUAAUUUUAUUCACAAUACCAUUACUUCUCAAUUGAACACAAUCUUACGACCUGAUUUGUCUGACUUGGAGAAAAACAUCAUCCGUCAAUCACUACUGAAGUCACAGAAGAUAAUUACCAAUAUAAUGGCGGAUAUCUCAACUUUAGUUUUGUUAGACCUUUUGAAACGAACCACUGGUCCACCUGUAGAAAUAACUAGUAUUCUACCUGAAUGCAAGAUUACCAAGGUCCUUCCACCACCACAGAUCUCUCCUCCUUCUUAUGAUGUCAAGAAACUCAUGGCUAGUCACAACAAUGCCACCAAAGCUGAACGACGUCUAUUUGAACUGUAUACUUUCGGCCAUUUGAUGCACCUGUUGACCGCAACUCAUAACUCUCAAGAAACCUCUCUUACUGACACUCCAGGUCCUUUCUACUUCUUCAAGUCAUGA